AUGCCAAGAGAAGAAGAAAACCAAUACUCUGAUGAGGAACAACAACAAGAAAUUCAAAAUGAAGACGAUAAUCAACUAAAGAGAAAGAGAGGUGAUGAUGACCAAGACCAAGACGAAGAAGACAACACCAAGAAGCAAAAGUAUGACUAUGAUGCUAGGGCUCCAUACACUGUAAUGCUCAGAAAUCUUCCAUACUCCACCACCGAGGAUCAAAUCAGAGAAAGACUUUCAAGCUAUGGUGCUAUUGUUAGAGUAAACAUUCCAGUUAACGACCGUAACCAAUCCAGAGGAUAUGGUUUUGUUGAAUUUGAAGAUGUCGACUCGGCUCAAAAAGUUGUUGCUUUGAAGGCUAUGAACAUGGAUGGAAGAGACGUUGCUUUGCAACAAUCAAAGGCUAGAGAUGAAUUCUCUGGAAGAACCAAUCAAGUUUUCGUUGGCAAUUUGCCUGAUUCCGCAACCAAGGACGACAUCCGCAAUUUGUUCCAAGACUGUGGUGAUAUUGAAGAAGUUAGAAUGCCAGAAGACAAUGGCAAGAAGAAGGGAUUCGCCUUUGUCCAAUUCACUUCAACAGAACCAGUCAAGGAUGCCCUCAAGAAGGAUGGUAUUGACUUCCAAGGUGUCAAAAUUAAAGUCAACGAAGAAAAGAGCACCAGAAUGAAGCAAAGAAAAGAAAGAGGAGGAAGAUUCGAUGACAGACGUGGUGGUGACAGACGUGGUGGUGGAAGAAGAUUUGACGAUAGACGUGGAGGUAGAUUUGAUGACCGCAGAAGAGAUGAUCGUGGUGGUAGAUUUGAUGAUAGACGUGGUGGUGACAGACGUGGUGGAUAUGAUGAACGUAGAAGAGAUGAUCGUGGUGGAAGAAGAUAUGAUGACAGAAGAUAG